AAUAUGGCUGCACAGAUACCAGAAUCUGAUCAGAUAAAACUGUUUAGGGAAUUUCUUGGAACCUACAAUAAACUUACAGAAACAUGCUUUUGGGACUGUGUUAAGGACUUUACAACAAGAGAAGUGAAACCUGAAGAGAUUACCUGUUCAGAACAUUUCUUACAGAAGUAUCUGAAAAUUACACAAAAAAUAGCCAUGAGAUUUCAAGAAAAUCAAGGUCAGCAGGAUGAAGCCCUGGCAGCCAAAGCAGGACUCCUUAGCCAGCCACGCUAG